AUAAACCGCGGUUACCAAGCGUUGAAAACAUUUUACACUUUCCUUUUGAUUUUGACUUGUGGGCCUUUGGAGCAAGCAGUGUUGAAGAAAGGGAGUUCGUUGGAGACAUGGCUGAACCACCAUACAUGCAUCUACCAUUUUUGCACAUUGUCAAUGAUGCAAAGAUCAGACUUCAAGCCUUAAAGGGAGAAAAAAUUGAUCCAGUUCAGCAGGAUGACGUCUACAAGAAGUUUUUCAUGAACAUCGCUCAGUUCGGACUCGAUUAUGAGUACAAAAAGAUGAUCGGGGGGUCGGCCGUACACCACACCAAGACGAAGUACGCGAAGGAAGUCCUCGUGCUUGGUGCAGGAGCGUCGGGCUUGGUGGCGGCCUAUGAGUUGGCACAAGCUGGACACAAGGUAACACUGAUUGAGAGACAGGAGCGACCUGGUGGAAGAAUUAAGACAAUCAGGACACCCUUUGCCGAAGGCCUUCAUGUAGAUGUUGGGGCCAUGCGACUUCCUGGGGAUGGUUCAGACGCACCUGGCAUGCCCAGUCAUUGGCUGACCGACUUCUAUAUAAAACUCUUCAAGAUUCCGUGCAAACCUUUCUUCACAUCGAACGAGAAAUGCUACUUCAACCUUUACGGUCACACGGUCAGAAUGGAAGAAUGGAGUAAAGAUAAAAACUAUUGGUGCACGAAGUUCUGGCCAGGUUGGGACAAGCAUCUCACUACUGAGGCAAAAAAAGAAAUCAAGGGCCUAGAUGAGCUGUUUCAGGAGACGAUGAAACCAGUGACGGAGGAACUGAUGAAUGACCAUUCCGAGGAAGGCUGGAAGAGAUGGGUGAAGAAAUGGAGCGUGAUUUCCCUGGCGGAGUUCCUCCGGUCAGACCAAUACCCGGAGGUGAAUCCCCUAAUGCUGCGCCCGUGGCCAGAACCAGCCAUCACCGGGUACACUGUGUCUCAGUACGGCAAGCUCCUGAACGCAUCGCUGGUGGAAGUCUUGCGUGACUUGAUCGGUGAUUGGUGGCAUGAUCCAGAGCAUACUCCAGUAGAUGGAAUGGACACACUUCCGAAAGCAUUUGUCAAACCAAAUCUUCACGGUUGGAACCAUGAUGUCCACUUGGAUGACAACAUCCACUAUGGACUUGAGGUCAACACCGUUGACCAUUCCGAGAAAAACAUUGUAAAGGUUAGGGCCCGUAACACAGCCACGGGACACACUAAAGAAUUUUGCGGGGAUGCUGUCAUUGUUACUUUCCCCCUGACUAUCCUCAGACAGAUCAAAUUCCACCCUAGUCUCACCCUCGACAAACAAAAGGCCAUCGCUGAUAUAACUUAUCUGGCGUCCACAAAAAUUGCCCUUCAAUGUAAAACCAAAUUUUGGCAAAAUGAAAAGUAUGGAAUCAAAGGUGGACAUUCCAUCACCAACCUCCCAGUAGGUCAGGUAUUCUAUUCUGAUUACCCUGGUGCCAAGGAUGACCCGAACCACAGGGGCCUCCUGCUCACUUACAACUGGACUCAGGACGGCUUGAUCCUUGGGUCACAGCCAGAGAAAGAAGCCGUGGCCAGUGCGGUCGAACAAAUAAAAAAGAUCCACCCAGAAAUUGAGACGGAGUUUGAAGUGGGCAUGUCACAAUCGUGGUACUCUGAUCCCACUGCUCAGGGUUGCUGCGCACAGUUAAAACCAAAUGAGUACAACAACAACAUGGCAAUUCUGUUCAAACCUGAGCAUCCGGUUUAUUUAGCUGGGGAGGCCAUUUCCUGGUCGAAUGGUUGGAUCCAGGGUGCCCUUGAAUCCGGGCACCGAGCUGCCUAUCAGUUCUACUCCUACAAUGAACUCGAGGCUUUGAGAGAACAUGCUGGCGAAGGUCCAGAACCAUAAACACCCGCGAAUACUUCGGUCAUCAAAUAAGAGUAACAACGGGUUGGUUACUCUUACACACAGUUAUCUCAAAUUGCGAAAUGGGUACCGAGGCAAUGAGGCUCAGAAAGAUUGAGGUCCCAAAGACGCUAUGUAUGCAGUUUGUUAGGCCACUUGUCAACAGACUGCUGAUAUGAUAAAAGUCCCAGUUUUCCUCUAGAGAGAUUCUUCAUCCACUGACACAUACCGUAGUGCUUUUAGUCCGAGGGCGGUGGAAAAACAAGAUCCUAUAGUACAAGGACACGUGUAUGUAAAAUACUUCCAAUUUAAAGGCGAUUUUACCAAGCUAAGUCACUGGACCAGCAGAUCUGUGUAAAUAUAUUGGCGUAAUUUCCAUGUAUUUUAAGAUUAUUUUAACGAAAUCAAGGUCAAAUACGUCAGUUCCUCUUGGCGAAUCAAACUGAAUUCGCAAUCAUCAGCGUUAUCUGAAGUAGUUCUGGUUUGGGACAAAGCCAACCUCACAGUAAAUUGGUGCUCUACUGUUCUUAAUUUUACUACUGCAAUAAAAUGUUUGAUCGCUUCUUCUGUAAAAUUUAUUCCGCAAUGUUGAUAAUAAAUGCAUGUUACUAGAUAACAA